AGCCUCUCGACUUUCAAACCCUUGCCCGCUCCAAUGCACGCGCCAACUCGACAUCUGCCAACGACGUUCCUACGGUCUGUGCUGUAGGAUAACUUGCUUUGCUUGCGCGUGCCCGGACCUUCGUUCUUCACCGCGAAUUGAAGCCAUGUUUUCGUAGUGGUAUCAACGUCUUCACUGAACAACGCAUGAUUCUGACACUGCAAGUCUACAGCAAUCUACUUCUUAUCCAUUACAUCAAUACUACGUAUCAUUCAAUCCUCUAGAUAUGGCUUUCUCAGGCCGGACGCCUGAAUCUCUGAUCCCUAGAUCAGACUCCAGGAACCCGGCGACAACUUGCAAAGGCAUCACUAAGUCCGGCCGACCGUGUAGACGACCAAUUGAUGCCAAAGCGAGCGACGAUGACGGCGUUCUCGCAGUCGUUUCAGUUCCAGGUGGUGAUAGUGACAGCGAGGACAUUGGUGCUGCUGCGUACUUUUGCUGGCAACACAAGGAUCAGGCCGAGCAGCUAGCAGCCAACAAGAGCAACGGCCCAGAGACACAGCUUUACCCCCUCAUGGAACGGACUAGUAUAGACACCCUGGUGCAACGCUUAGGAGUUCUAGAAGUUAAUGACACCACACAAGCGCCAAGCAGAAAAGGGAAAGGUCCGAGACGGAUCAACCGUCCCCCAACCUGGGAUCGUGUUGAAGGACCUUUGAUAUCAGUUCCGAGCGACGUCAUGGCAGCGCAAAAGAAACGUAGAGACGGUCAGCAUACAAACCCAUCAUCACGAAGGAAGAAGCCAAGCUUUUGGGCAUCUUUAUGCUGCGGCGCUGCAGAUGAUGACGACACCGGCUACCAGUCCAACUCUACUUACGCAGCACCCGCUCCACGGGUGUCCUCUGAAGUUCGGCCAGCCCAUGGCCGACCGUCAAGCGCGAAUCCAAGGCCAACUUCAACCUAUCAACAAACGCCCGGCCGUAAACCAUCAUCUUCAACUGGUGAGAAUGCUUCGGACACCACGAAAAUGCUGAGGUACAUCCCACAAGACGUGUCUCCGCAACUGGCUUCGACUUUGCUUGCUGAGUUAUCUAAACCUAUCUCGCCGCACGACGAUGAGGGUUACAUAUACAUCUUCUGGCUGACACCUGAAGCCUCUGGUCCUGUACCUUCGUCAGCAGCUUCCACACUCCUUACUCCACCAUCGCAACCCACUCAGGCGCGACGCACUUCAGACGUAAUGCGACAAUACUCUACAAAGCAGACGUCUCAAUCACGAACACCUUCUACGCGCCAAGAUCCUGGGGAUAGCAACGCGGCCAGUAGAGCAGAAGAAGGAAAAAGCACAAUCCUACUGAAGAUCGGACGCGCAAACAACGUGCAUCGUCGCAUGAAUGAGUGGACACGUCAGUGCGGUUACUCUCUAUCCCUUGUCCGCUUUUAUCCGCACGUCUCAUCCUCGACUCCUACACCUUCGCCACAAGUGUCACCUGCAGCUUCCCGUCGCCAAUCUGCGCAAAAUGUGGAUCAAAGCCGACGCGCAUCUGAUGCUGGGACUGUGCGGAAGGUGCCGACUGUUAUGCGUGUGGAGCGCAUGAUCCAUCUCGAGCUUGCACAGCAGCGGGUCAUGAAGAAGUGUGAGGCGUGUGGAAAGCAGCAUCAGGAGUGGUUCGAGGUGGAAGCGACCAGGGACGGGAUAAAGAAGAUCGAUCAAGUAAUCAAGCGGUGGGUUGAGUGGGCUGAGCGAGCUAAUGAGGAUCGCACAGCUUCUAGCCAUUAGAGAGCCUAAUACCUGCCAUUCUCAUGAACCUGGGAGGUGUAGGUAAGACAACCGGUUUAUUGUUAAUAUAGCAAAAGGCGGCGUUGCUACCGUUUUUCGAGUGAGAUGUCUUAUUUAUUUCUUGCUUUUCUGAGGCAAAGGUAAC